AUGGCCCAAUGUAUAAAGUGGAUUGACGAUAUCGUCAAAUUGCGUCAUAUCAAUUUAAUUCCCUUUGAAGAAUUUGAUGCCAAGGAAGGUGAUGACAGAGUAAAUUAUUGGAAAAAAACCGGAAUAAAGGUCUCAUCCAAGAUCGUUCAAAAUAAUUUGAUUGUUGAUGAUGAAAUGAAUAAACUUUUCCUUCACGAGUAUCCUUGGAACAUUGUAUUUCAUCAAAAUCGUGUAAAAUUAUCAAAUUUCGGCAUGAUUAAAUAUCUCACAUCACCUACCUCCGUCGAUGCUUCAACUCUCGAUGAAUUCUCGAUUAACAACGUACCGUACGUUGAACCACAAUUAUUACUAGAUAAAUCAUAUAGAAAAGAUGCACGUUCUGACAUUUAUGGUUUGGGGGUGAUAAUGUGGGAAAUAUCGAGCGGAAGAUCCCCUUACCAAGACGAUCCCAUUAAACGUAAUUUGAUAUUCAAUAUCUUACAUAAUAAACGGGAAAAUGUUAUACCAAAUACGCCGAUUGCGUACAGUGAAUUUUAUACAAGGUGUUGGAAUAACGAUCCUACCAAGAGGCCAAUCAUUGGAAUUUUAUUAAAGCAGUUGAAAAAUUUGUUGGACAUCAUGAAUACAGGUCAUAAAUCAUCCAAUCGAAUGUCAGAACAAGAACUAUUGGAGAUGGCAAAAGAUGCGAUGACCGCGGAGCUGUGGCUUACAAAAAUAGAUAAAAAAAUUGAGAAACCAACUCCAACACAAAUCACCAAAAUCGUAACAACAGAACAUGAUAAGAAAUCGUUGAAAAUAACUACUGAAGGUCUAAAUGUUUCAAACGUACGAAAAGAAAUAAAACAUACAAACACAACAGUAAUAACUAAUGAGCCAGAAUUAACUAUGGAACAAACCACGUUAAAGAAAUCAUGGAAGAAAAAGGUAAAGACUAGAGCAAAAAAACUUGUUAGAAGAUUAUCCGGAAGUGAAAAACUAUUUAGGAGAUCAUCCGGGAGAUCUACACAUGUGUUGAGUGAAGGAGCUGAUUGGACAACGGUACUUUCAGAUAAAGAAAAAGAAACUCCAACAACACCAAGAUCCGAAACUAGUUUAAAAGGCAGGGGAUUCUUUAAUAUCGGAAGAAGUUAUUCGGAUAAUUCUAUGAAAAGAAUAUCAACGAUAACAGCAGAACCAGACAAAUUUCCAUACAGUGAAUAUUGUAGAAUGUUAUUCGCAUCUAAUAAUUGGACGAUUAAUUCUGCACCAUGUUUUGCAGCAUAUCAUGUUAGACAAGGUGACAUUGAUGGACUAAAAUGGCAUGUAAAAGUACAGGAAGAGGAAGUUAAUAAGGUUCAACAAGUGACAGGUCCAAGAAAUAGUUAUAGAAGACCAUUAGAAUCAUUGAUGAUAGAAGCCGCACAAUAUUGUCCAGGGGAAAAGAUCAUAGAAACAUUUAAUGUGCUGCGAUCAUUAAAAGCAACGUGUGAUUGUACAAAUUCGUAUACAGGAGGGUCACCAAUAAAUUAUUUAGGAGAAAACAAGUCAUUAUUUUCAGCAGAAACGAACUCAAAACAUUUUAAGGAAUCAUUAAUAUAUUUAAUGUCUAAUGGGUGUUCAAUCAAUUCAACAAAAAACAACGGAGACACGUUAUUAUUAACAAUAUUAUUUAAAUGGCAUAAAGGAUUGACACCAAAUUUAUUAAGAUUUUGUUUGGAAAAUGGAGCAAAUCCAAAUAGUAGGAAUGAAAUUGGUGGUAACCCUCUGGGAUAUACUUUAACGCAAGUUAGGUUUAAUUAUCAUUGUGGACCUUUUGAAAAGAUUUACAAGAUAAUAAAAUUAUUGGUUAGUCAUGGUGCUGAUGUGAAUAAACAGAUCACCAUACCUGGAAAAAAAUUGCCAAAUUUAUUAUUCGUUUGUGUUGAUAUGGGAAUUAAUAUGAGGGAAGAAUGGGUUAAAAAAUUAAUUAAAAUGGCAUUUGAUUUAACUGAUGAUCAAAAAGAAAAGGAAUUAAUUAAAAGUGGGGAAGCACUUAAUGUUUUGGGUUAUGCUGCUAAAUUAUCUCAAUUAGAAACAAUAAAAGUGUUGUUAGAUAGGAUUUAUUCUUUAAGUUCACCUGAAAGCAUCAAAGAAGCCUUAAAUGUAACUGGCAGCGAAGAGGGUGAACAAAGAAAAUUUUUAAAAAGUUGGCUAAAGGAAAGUGGCAAAGAAAAAAGGGAUAAAUAUUGGAGUGCAAAUUCCACGCCAAUACUAUGGUCAAAUAUUAUCCCAUCACAGGGGAUCAUUACAACUUAUAUGGCUUUUUUUACUGAGAAAGAACAAAAAGUAUUGGAAAAAUCCGGAAUCACAUUUGAUAAAGUUUGUGAAAGAAAAUCCGCAACUUAUUGUUAUCCUUCUUUCUUGAAAUCAAUAAGCAUGCAAGAGUUAUCCCAGGCAAUAUUUUUAUGGUGUCGUAAUAAUUGCCCUCAGCCAAUUUCAAAACAAUAUAAUUUAUUACUGAGAGGAAUACUUAACAUCUUUGCAAAACAUUGCGUUACCCUUUACCAACUUGAUUUGGAUAAAAGAUCUUUAUUGGAUAAUCUACAUCAUGAGUUGUGGAUUUUGUUACAGGAACCGAAUUAUCAAUCUUUCAUUUCAAACAUUAAACAACUUUCCUUGGAUGUAAGGAAAUUAGUUAAUGUUGAGUGCUUGGAAUUAUUAUGCCAAACUUGUCAAAGAUUGAAAAUUCUUAAAGUUGAUAUGACAUUAGAUGAGACAUAUUGGUCUUCUGAUCAAAAACUAGCGGAAAUCAUAAAAUCUCAGAAAGAAUUAAAAACCUUUUAUUUGAGAAGAGGAAAGAUUACCCCGACAAUAAUUUCGGCACUGGAAUAUCACGCCAAAUCAUUAAAAAUGUUACACUUUCGUAGAGUUGAUUUUAAAAAGUGUAAAUCACUUCGAUCAAUAUUUAAAGAAUCUAAUCAAUUAGAAGUAUUAAUCGUACAUGGAUGCAAAAAUCUAAGUGAAAAUAUUUGUAAAGAAUUGAUGAAUACCACAUCGUUUCCUAAGCUGGUUGAAGUGGAUUGCGAAGGUUUGGUGACUUGGAAUACGAUUAUCAAAAGACAUGAUUAUCAGAAUAUUAAAGUGAUUUGA